AUGAUAGAAGUAAAAGACAAACCUACUUCCUUGUCAGAUUUAAAUGAAGAAACUAUCUUAAAAAAAACUUUAUUGAAAGAAAUUGAUAACCUGUAUCACAAGAAAGAGGUUGAGCCAGCUAUUCUUUCAGAUACUGAGAAUAUCAAAACAAUUGUUAAACACUAUGAAAAACAAGUUGACAGUAUUAUGGAACAUGUUCUUCCUGUAUUAGAAAAACGAUUCCGAUUAAAACCAAUGUUAAUUGAUCGAUAUGGAGAGACACAUCGUCAAGAUGUAUUAAGACUAUUUGUUCAUUACAACAAAUCUUAUUUUCAAUUUAUUGAACAUCCAUUAGGAAAUGUCAAAUAUUUAUAUCUCGAACUUUUUAAGUCAUAUGAUUUUACUGAAAGAAAAUGUUAUUAUGGAGUUAUUUUUGUAUUAAAAUAUAUGAUGAUUCUUGAUUUAAUGAGGAAGAAUAUGAUUAUUGGAAAUGUAAGAUUAUUCAGAAGCACAACAAAAUUUGUUAGUAGUAUUGAAAUAGUAAAACAAACAAUUGAAUUAGCAUUUGAAACUCCAUUACAUGUUUAUGACACUCUAUGUAAUUUUGGUUAUUCUUUGACACAAGUACAAUAUCCUCAAUAUUGCAUUCAAUAUAAAUUAAAUAGUUUAGAUGAUUUUAUUUCAAGUGGAAUUCAAUUGAGUGUGUUAGCAACUUAUCUUGCUGAUCAGAGAUUAGGUAUAACAUCAAAUAUUAUUAACUCUCUAGUACUUGAUAAUGAUCAAUUAUUAACUCGAAGACAAGCUACUUCAAAUAUUAAUCAUUUAGUCGGAUUUCUAAAUACACUUGGAAUGCCAUUUAAAAUUGGAGAAAUUGCGUUUUAUGAUUAUUCUAUAUACGAGAGAGAAGAUACUGUAGUUUCAUUAUUUUUAUUUGAAUUCCUUCGUGUAUUUCAAUGUCAAUUGGUCAUUCCAAUUCAUGUUGUAUGUAAUGAAAUUAGUAGGAUAGGUGAAACUAAAAUUUCAUUGAGUUCAUCAAAUGAUAUGUACGAAGCAUGGGUUAGUGUUAUUGGAAAUUGUUACAAUAAAGUAUUUACUUAUAAUGAAUUUGAAUAUUUCUUACCAUAUCUUUAUAUAGUAUGUUAUUAUAGCCAUUUGUCAAUUCCUACUUUAUCACAUAAAGGAGAUGGAGAAAAAAGAAGAAUUGAAAUUAUAAAGGCAAUGCAACCUGGUUUAGAAAUACUUAAUAUUCCUAAACGAAUAUUUACAGAUAAAAUAAACAAUUAUGGAGAUAAGACUGUUACUAAUUAUAUUCUCUCAUUUUUGUUUUAUUUUAUUCAAAAGAAUGCAUUAAUUGAUUGUGCUGCUAACUCAAUUGGAAAUGCAUUAAAAAAGUGUGUUGAAAGAAAAAAAAUGAAGAAAGGGAUGUUAUUUAUUUCAUCAAUAUUUAAUACAAUUAAUAUCAUAAAAGGAAAAGAAGAUGAAUACUCUUAUAAUCAAGUUAUUACAGGAACUCAUUUGAUUCAACAAAAUCAUAUUAAAGUCUUGUAUGAAGAAGAAAUUAAACAAACAAAAGAAGUUCAAUGUAUUAUGAAAAAACUAUUAUUACAAAAACAAAUGAAAGGAAUUUGGAUCCAUGUUAAAGGAGUACAAAGUAUUUGUAGACAAUAUGUUAUUCAAAACGAAAAUAACAAACUAGAAAGAGAAAUAAAAGAAAUACAAAGUAUUUAUAAAACAAUUAAUACUAAUGCGUAUUACAACCAAAUCCUAGAAAGUUGUUUAACCACUCAAUCAAAUGGCAGAGAAAUGGAAAAAAGUCAAACUUGGAAAGAACAGAUUGAAAGUAAUAAAACAGCUCAAAAAGAAAUGAGGCGUUGUGUUGAUGAAAUGAAAUAUGCAAGAACUGUUGAAGGAACUAAAUCUUUCGAAAGAGUGUUUAAAGAAGAAAUUUAUAAAAGAGAAUUUAAUGAACAAAUUAACAGCAAUGAAUUGGUUCAAAGUAUUUUGAGAAGAAAUCAAUGGUUUAUGGAUUAUGAAAGAAUUGUUAAUAGUUGUAUUGAGACACAAAAAAAUGCAAAAAGAAUUAUUUAUUGCACAAAAUAUGAAGAAAUUUGCCACUCAUCGACUAAUGUAGCAGAUGCAUUAAAACAAAUACUACACUCUUCUGAAUAUGGAUUUAUAAAACGAGUAUGUCCAUUUGUACAAAGUUAUUAUAGAAGUUUAAUUCAAACCAAACAGAUGAAAGAACGAAUCAAUAGUUGUAUUCCAUUAGAAGGAUUGUUUAGAGGAAUUAAAGGGUAUUACAAUUAUUCAUUAAUAAUUCAAAGUAGUGUUGAUACUCAAAAAGAAAUUCGAAGAACAAUAAAACAAAAUAAAUAUCAAGAAAUUAUUACUUCUGAACAAAUAAUUUGUUCAGUAUUAAGAGAAAAGAGAGAUCAUCUGAAAUAUUCAAAUCUUCAAGAACAAUGUCAAAUAGUCCAAGGACUAUGUAGAAGACGAAUUUUUAAAGAACAAUUUGAUUGUGUCAAUACUCAAACUAGUUUAGUUCAAAGUGAAAUGAAAAGAAUUAUUAAAAACAGAGUAUUUAAAGAAAUAGAACAAGUAUCUAAAGAGAUGAGUGCAUUUAUUAAAACGUAUUCUAUCACUUUAGAAUUUAUGAUAAGAGUUAAAAUGGGAGAAGAAAUUCAAGCUGUUAUUAAAGGGAAUAAAAUUUUACACAAAUAUCUUGCAAUUGUUGAAAAUAUAAAAGAACCACAAAGUAUUUGUAAACAAAUUGUUUAUACAAAUAAAAUGAAAGAUCUGAUUAAUGGAAUUAAAUAUAUCCAACAACAUCACUACUUUGAAGAAAUAAAAAUACAAUGUAUUAAUGUACAAUCAGUUAUGAGAAGAAUUUAUAUUCCACAGUUUAAAGAAAAUCAGUUAUGUUGUGAAAAUGUUGAACGCAUUUGGAGAUGUGAAAUAAAACAAAGACAAUUUAACAAACAAAGAAAUAGUAUUAUUCAAUGUCAAAGAUGUGGAAAAGAAACAUUAAAAAGAAAAGAAUAUAUCCAAAUUAUUCGAGCAAAUGAAAUUGUUCAAAGCUAUUGGAGAAAGGUUAUACAAAAACAUGAACAAGAAGAAAGAGAAUAUUAUUGCAGUGAAAUACAAGGAAUAAUGAGAAGUAUUAUUGUUAAAAAAGAUAAAGAACAUGAACUAAGUAAAUGGUAUCAAAAUUGUCAAUAUAAAAGAUGUCUCACUAAGUGUUGUAUUCCUUUACAAGGGAUUUGUAGACAAACUAUUGUAAAAUAUGGAGUUAAUUUAGAUGAAGAAGUAAUGCAAUCUCUGUCAUACUCUUGUGAAUUAUAUACUUUAAUUCAUAGUUCAGUACCUCUUAAUGAAAAACAAAAAAAACAAAAAAGAAUAUCCGAAUCACCUAGUAAAAUAUUACAGUCACCUUCACAAAGAAUAUUACCAAAAGAAAUUAUUAUGAAUUCAAUUUAUUUAAAUAAAACUACGAGAAUGUCAUUUAAUAGAUUAGAAUAUAGCAAACGUAUAUUAUAUGAAUAUAUCAGAAAAUCAGAAAGAAGUAUUAUUGAUAUUGCAUUUUCUAAUAUUAGAAUGAUUGAGAGAAAAAAAUUAGAAGAAGUACAGAUUGGAGCAAAACAAUUAUUUGAACAAAUUAGAUGUAGCGAAUGGUUUAGAGUUAUGUUUGUAAAAUAUCAAUGUGUUUAUCAUAUUCUUGAUUUAUUAAAAAGCAGUAAUAAAUCUCCACCUUAUCUUGAAUUAGUAGAAAAAUCAUGUACGAUGCUUCACUUUUUAAUUCGUGAUGAUUGUUCUUUCAAAUUAUAUAAUAAUCCUAAUAUGAUAAAAUCUACUAUUGAAAGAGUAUCAGAAAUUUUAAGAAAUUUUAUGGAGAUAAAAAUCUUAACAGAAGGAACUAAAGUAUUUCUUUGUCUUAUUCAAAAACUUCCUGAAAUAAAAACCUCUUUAAUUGAUGUUUGUCAACGGCUUAAUACUAAAUUAACAGAAAUAGAACAAAAAGAAAAACUAGAAAAAAAGAAAGCGAUGGACAUUUCUGUUAAAUUAAAAAAGGAAUGCAUUUAUGAAGCAGCUUCACCACAUAUUAAAAUAUUAGUAGCUAAAGUAAUUGGAAAAUAA